UCGAGCCGAGCUGGCAGAGCAUCCUGCGUCCAGUGGACACGGUACGACAAAAUCGAGCAGUAACAACAAAAGCAGGAUCAGACGACCUAACAGCAAUAGUAGUGCAAUGUUGUUGUAGUAGCAUACGAAGCAGUAAUACCAGUAGCAACAAAGAAGCUUCUCGUCAGCUUAAUUGAUGUGUCUUCUUCGUUUGGGUUUGUGUGUAGGCUCAAUCGUUGGCGGUACGAUUUUCCUCGUCGUGUAACUAACGCAUUGUGGGCCGUUUUGACGGGUUGCCUUUGCGCGCGCGAGUGCCACCAGCUGUGGUAUUGCGCUGUCACUGCUACUACUGGUCGUAGUUUCACGAAGACUGUGGUAUUCAUAUGUAGUGAUACAACGUACAGGUGGCAUCGAGGAGCAACCAGUCAUCAGCCGUCGUUUCGUAAAAGCUUUGGUUGUCAUAUCUGCUGUGCGAUAUGAGUCCUUUCCGCUGAUGGUUUCGAUAUUUGUUGGCCUACGCUGUGUCUCGAAGUGUGACUGACGUAUGGUCGUUCGGUAAUUCAAUUGAAGUUCAGAACGAUUCUAGUGAUUGAAGUGUGCCAGCUACAAGCGUAUCUGUAAAGCAACAAUAUCGGCCUGCACAACGAACGUUCGAUUGCUGGCCGUUGCUAACUGUCUAAGUCGAGCCGAGGAUUUUGAAAUUGUUGAAAGUGAUACGCCUCCUACGAGAAACUUAAGGAUAUCUGGCAACGAAAAAGUAGUUCACGAAGAUGGAUGGCCUAUGGGCCGCAUUCUUGCUUGGACUCUGCGCGCUGCAGGUGGCCUUAGGCCAAGACGACGAGUUCUCCCCAUCAGUUAGUGCUGUUUGCGAUAAAGGCUAUAUUACGAUCUCGGUCGCUACGGAUAAGCCUUUCCAAGGGGUUGUACACACGCGAGAUGUCAACGAGCGCGGUAUUACGAAAGAGCUACGGAAAGAGCCGUGCGUUGCCUACGGACAGGGCGGAACCAAUACGUCUUUGAGGCUCAGCCUAUUUUCACGAAGCGACGACCCUCUUUAUUGCGGCGUCCGGAAAAGGGAAUUUUCAGAGGAACGUUACGUUGCCGUGUAUGUUAGGGCACAUAAAUCGCUUGAGCUGCAGGAAGACAAGUCGUACAUUAUCUCGUGUGGCAAAGGAAAUUUCCGGAAUGCAAGGAACGAGCUAAAUCGAGUGACGUUGAAUUUUAUCGAGGACGGUAAAAAGGUGCCCGAAUUGAUCGUCGGCAGGAAGUACCAAAUACGGGCAACCGUCUCCGGUCCGGGCCGUGUGAGUGGUAUCCGGGUUCGGUCAUGCUUUGCGUUCUCCGCAAACCACUCCGAUGUCGAGUUCAUCGAUAGGAAAGGUUGUUCUAUAGCAAACUUUGUUGAAUCGUUCAAGUUUGUUGAGGAUAAGGAUUAUGCGGAGGCAGAACUUAAUGCAAAAUUUAAGUUUCCCGAAUCGAACAAGAUCCACGUCCAGUGCGAUGUGUUCGUUUGUUCCGGCGAGAACGAAUGUCCAGAGAACUCGUGUCAGCCUCGUGAGACCGUCACUACCAAGGGGGCCGCGGGCAAAGGUCGCGAAGCCGAAAGCUCUUUGUCCGCGUCAACCUCCGUGUUUGUUGUGGAACCGGGGCAAGCGUCAAUCGCUAGCCCCCUGCGCGAAUGCACCGAGUGGCGUUUCCCAUGGCUCAUUGGACUCUGUAUUGCGUUGGCUAUUCUACUGUUGAUUAUGUUAAUUGUCAACAUCUUCCUUUGUUCAUCGCUGACCUGCUCGUGCGUCAAUACAGAGCAGGUCGAAGAAAAGGAGUCGUCGGAAAUCGAAGAUUACGACCCGUACAAAGGCGGAUCGUAUUAUCCAGCUUCUCACUAUGGCUCGCACACGACCUUGCACAAGCAACAGCCUCAGCAAUCGGCUUACGGAGUGAAUACUCUCGGAGGACGAAGUCACAUCUCAAACGCUAGCGAUCAUUACACGACGGUACAUUCGAGACCGCAUUCCAGGUACUCACAGCGAUCAUCAAAGGAUCCGCAUCGAAGUCAUUAUGGAAUGUCUAAUGGAGGUUACCACUAAAUUACAAAUUAGACGAAUGAAUGAAUUUGGCGUUUGAGUGUCGGUGUACGAGUCCGGUCAAAACUGUUCUUAUAGGCGCAGUCGCCUACAAGAACCGACCAACGUCAGCAGGUCAACCGGAUCAGCGCCAUCUUUUGUUGGACUGAAAUUAUCACUCAUGAGAGACAACUAACCUUUACACUCUUACACCUCAUGUAAAUGUUGUACAUACACCGACAGACGAACUCAUCGUCAUGAAAUUCAUACCGUACAGUAGAUUUUCAGGUUGAGUAAAGGCGCACCUAGCAAUCUGUGCCACGAGUUCCGACGCUAGAGGAAGUUACAAGGAAAAGUUAAAUUGCGGCUAAAAACAGCACCCACGGUAAAAAGCAACAACGAUGAUUCUUGCGGUUGGUCUCAGUUCUUCUCGUUCUUUUUACGAAUUUAUCGACUGUUCAUGUUCGUUGGCGACAGACGUCACACUGAAACGUCAACAGACAUUUCUGUUAAUGUGGACUGUGCCAAAUUGCGUGUCAAAGCGUUUUGGAUUCGUGAUUUUUUGUUGUUAUUGUUGUUGGAAGCGAAGCGUGACACACAAGCGAACACAAACAGGCAGAUAGAUGCAUUUGCACAGAACGAACUGCUAAAUGUAGCCAUCCUCCGGGUGCAUCCGGGCCUUGAGCUUACUACCAUCGGAUCAAAAAUAACUCAAUCAUAAUAUAUACAGGAAACUAUUAAUAGUCGACCAGUAACGCCGAGCUCACCUAACUACUAUAUUAACGAAUUGCUUGUAAGCUUGCGAAAGCUAUUCUGCGAACGUAGAUUUCGAUCGUAGAUCUUUGUCCUAACGCUUAUGGAUACGUCUUUGCUGCUCUAGAAUGAGAAAUGGGCAUCUUCACGAAAAAGGAUAAAGGUGACAGCUAAGGGCGACCUUAUAUUUUGACCAUCACCUAAGAAGCCACUGAAGUUGCUCAUGCUUAAUGGCGGUUUAGAAUGUUGGAUGAGACAGGCAGAUGAGGAUAUCGAACAUGUCAAAAAUCUCCCAUCAGAAUGAGGCAAUAUAGGCUAUUUUGGUGCAGCACCAAAACGUGGGCUUAAAAGCCGGGGAAAGGACAAAACAAUUUUCCGAGUUUGACUAUUAAAUAUUCAGAUGUGUAUCAUUGUCAAGCCUGAUUGUCUAACUAUGUCGUAUGCUUCAUAAAAUGAUAACGGUAAGUUAAAAGGAAAAAAGAGAUAGAAGGAUACGGGAAGACAGAGGAAGCCAAAAGCCGAUCAGAUAUAGGUAUAUGCAUAGGAUGCCGCAUCAUUGGCCAUGUAAAUUGGGAGUGUACUUUGUUUAUGUUUGUGUGCGUGUAUCUGUGCGUGUGCACGGGUGUGUGAAUAUGUGCGCGCGUGCGUGCGUGCGUGCGUGCGUGCGUUUACGUGCGUGUCUUUUAGAAGACUAAUACGACCAAAGCGAUCAUAGAUAGCCACAUACAAGUAACGAAUAAUAUUUGUUAACUAGUUAGGAAAUGUUGAUAUGGAUCAGACCUGAACUUUAGUUACGUUAAUCUAUAAGGAAGCUAUCUAUGAUCGAACUGUAAGAGUAACAGCGAGUGACAUUAUCUAAUAUGAGCGAAUGCAUCCAUUCAUCAGCUUUCGUAAAUGAUGGCUCACGGUGAUGACGAUCGUAGAUAGGACGUUUAUGUCGAGCCAAUACAAAAUAUGCGAUUAACGCAAUGUUAACCUAGUCCUAAUUGUUGUACUCCCGGCUACGUAGAGCGUGUUGCCGGUGUCACGAACGACAGAUAGACCGCAUCAAAUAAAAUAAUAAAGCCACCAAUACAA